UUCCAGUUUUGACCACUCUUUAAAAUAAAUUCCCUCCCCUGAUUUUGAUCCUCUUGGCACUUAACACGACUCCUCAAGGCCCCUCUUCCCACUUGGCUCAGCAAACGUGUCUUUUAUUAUGACUCAGCCCAGCUCGGCGUAACUCUCCCCUCCAGGCGCCUGACGCUCAGGCGGAGGCGCCCGGGCUGCACUGGGAGAGAGAGCUCGCCCCGGGGCUCGCGCCCGCUUCCCCGCUUUACGGCUGCUGAAAACCCGGCGCGGCCCGCUCGGCCGCCGUACCGCAGACGCGCCCGCGCCGCUCAGGCCUGUGUCGUGUACUGGGCAGUUAGGUGCUGGAACCUAACUGCAGGGGUCUCCAGCAAAGAGCCUAGUCUUCAGAGGAUUAGAGGCUUCCUCAGAAUGGAGCAGUCGGAAUUAUUUAUCACCCAGCGGACAUUACAAAUAGCAUUUGAUGAUACAAGGCCUUUUUUCAUGUGACCCCAGGAAAUGAGCAUUGAUUGUUAGGCACCUGGAUGAAGAGGCUUGGGUUCAGACUGUCAGUCUCCUGUAACCUGCAAAGAUCCUCCAGUUGCACCAGGAUCGUUCAAUUGAAGUAAAAAGAUGGCCUAUCAGAAGGUCAGUGCAGAUCAAAGUAUGUCAGGACGCUCACAGUUCUUAGACGGCGAUGACCUUCAAGGCACUGCCCUUGAUUUAGAGUGGGACAUGGAAAAAGAACUGGAGGAGCCUGGUUUUGACCAGUUCCAACUUGAUAGUUCUGAGAAUGAAAACCAGGGGCACCCAGAAUCUGUGGACCUCAAUCUUGAUUCCAUUCAACCAGCAACUUCACCCAAAGGAAGAUUCCAGCAACUACAAGAAGAAACUGACUAUUUUUCCCAUUAUACAAGAUCUGCACCAAAGAGCAACCGCUGCAACAUUUGUCACUUUUUAAAAAUAUUUUGCACAGCCACCAUUUUAUUUAUUCUUGGAAUUUUGAUAGGUUACUAUGCACAUACGAAUUGCCCCUCAGAUGCCUCAUCUUCAGGAACAGUUGAUCCUCAGUUAUAUCAAGAGAUUCUCAAGAAAAUCCAAGCAGAAGAUAUUAAGAAAUCUUUCAGAAAUUUUGUAGAGCUGUAUAAAAGUGAAGAUGACAUGGAAAUGUCAAAGACGAUUAAGACUCACUGGACUGCUUUGGGCUUAGAAGAUGUACAGUUUGUGAAUUAUUCCGUGCUGCUAAAUCUGCCAGGCCCUUGGCCCAGCACUGUGACGCUGAUCAGCAGCGGCCAAUGCUUUCAUCCUAAUGGCCAGCCUUGCAGUGAAAGGGCCAGAAAAGACAGCAGCCCAGACCUGCUCUACUCCUAUGCAGCUUAUUCUGCCAAAGGAACUCUCAAGGCUGAAGUCAUUGAUGUGAGUUAUGGAACUGCAGAUGAUUUAAAAAGGAUUAAAAAAGUGAAAAAUGUAACAAAUCAUAUUGCACUCAUGAAAUUAGGAAAAUUACCACUACUUUAUAAGAUAUCCUUAUUGGAACAGACUGGAUUUGGAGGUGUUCUUCUAUAUAUUGACCCUUGCGAUCUACCAAAGACUGUGAACUCUAACUAUGAUACCUUCAUGGUGUCUUUGAAUCCAGGAGGAGAUCCUACUACUCCUGGUUACCCAAGUGUUGAUGGAAGCUUCAGACAAAACCAAUCAAACCUCACCUCUCUGUUAGUGCAGCCCAUAUCUGCAUCCCUUGUUGCAAAACUGAUCUCUUUACCUACAGCUGGAACCAAAAGUGAGAUCUGCAGUCCUCUGGAACUUCCACAUAAUGAAAUAAGAAUUGUCAGCAUGAAAGUUCAGACAGUCACAAAAUUUCAAACAGUUACAAAUGUGGUUGGAUAUGUCAAGGGCUUGGCAUCUCCAGACCGGUAUAUUAUAGUUGGCAGCCAUCAUCAUACUGUGUACAGUUAUAAUGGACAAGAAUGGGCCAGCAGUACAGCAAUAAUCACAGCUUUUAUCCAAGCUUUGAUGUUGAGAGUCAAGAGGGGAUGGAGGCCAGACCGCACCAUAGUUUUCUGCGCAUGGGGAGGAACAACUCUGGGCAAUAUUGGCUCAUACGAAUGGGGAGAGGAUUUCAAGAAGAUUCUCCAAAAAAAUGUUGUGGCUUAUGUGAGUCUCCACAGUCCCGUAAGGGGCAACUCGAGCCUACACCCUGUGGCAUCCCCAUCUCUUCAGCAACUGGUAGUAGAGAAAAAUAAGUUCAAUUGUGACAGAAGAAUUCAGUGCCCAGAAACCAAUGUCAGUUCUGUGCAGAUACAAGGUGAUGCUGAUUAUUUCAUCAACCAUCUUGGAGUUCCCACCGUGCAAUUUACUUAUGAGGACAUCAGUGCAUUAGAGGGUCCAAGUUUUCUCUCUGAGGCAGCUUUUCCUCAACAUGCAAUAAAAAUUGAAGAAAUAGAUCCUUUCUUCAACCUUCAUGAAACCAUUGCCAAGCUCUCAGGAGAAAUGAUUUUGCAAAUUGCCAAUGAACCAGUUCUGCCCUUUAAUGCUCUCGAUAUAGCUUUAGAAGUUCAAAACAGCCUUAAAGGUGAUCGACUCAGUGCACAUCACCUGCUGGCUGCGGCAUCCUGCCUAAGGGAGAGCGCUGAACUCUUUCAGUCAGAGGAAAUGCGACCUGCCAAUGAUCCCAAGGAGAGAGCCCCCAUCCGCGUCCGGAUGCUGAAUGACAUCCUCCAAGACAUGGAGAAGAGCUUCUUGGUGAGGCAGGUGCCACCAGGCUUUUACAGAAAUAUCCUGUACCACAUGGAUGAGAAGACAAGCCAGUUUUCGAUACUCGUGGAGGCUUGGGAACACUGCAACUCACUUGCAUCAAAUGAGACCCUUCAAGGAGCUCUGUCAGAGGUUUUGAACAGCAUUAAUUCAGCUCAGGUUUACUUUAAAGUAGGACUUGAAGUGUUUGAGAGUUUCUUGGUAGCAAAGACCUGAGAAUACUCUCAGCAUUUUUUAAAAGUUUGUUUACAAUUCUCUAAGCAAAAGCUCUAAUCUGACCAGAUUUUUCUGACAUUGAGGACGUUUUCCCCUGUGGCUUUUCAACAAGUCUAAAGCUAUUAUUACGUGGUAUUUUUAAUGUACAUAGAAAGAAUCUUUUGCACAUCAAAAAUUGUUCUUAUAUCUACAUUUCUGAAAUGUAAAAGCAAAUUAUUGAAAUAGUACUUAAGAUUUAUCUAUUAAAAAAGUCUGCUGUAUUUUUAUAUAUAAAGUAUUUUGGGAGGAAAUUUCCAUAAAGUUCUGGACAUCUUCUCUCCUAUGGACAGAACAUGUAGGAACACAAAGUUAUUCUCUGAUAGAGCUAUUAAUGACCAAGUUUCUAUACUAGAAAUGGAGAGUUGAUAGUUUCAGAUUAAUUUCACUAUUAAGUGUUCAAUAUGAAGAAUUGAAGUAUUAAGACUCCAGUGAUUCAUUAUCCAAAACCACUUUUAAUGUUUCUGUCUUAUGAAAUGAAGUUCCUCUUCUUAACACAACUAGAUGUAGUAAUACACUGGUUAUGAAAUUGUAUUUUUUAAGUAUUAAUGAAAAAAGAGCCAUAAACAUUCCAGGGAAAAUUCUCAAGGUAGCUGCAUAAAGCAAUUUAAAUGCAAAAUUUUUUUCUAACAACUUAUAAGGUUACUAGCUUUGAAACCCUUAAUUUGCUUCAGUUGAUUUUAUAAGAAUUUCAAAAGUGAUGUACGUCUUCAGAGGGAGAAAACAUUUCUUAUUUCGUUUUCUGUGGUUUCUGUUAAAAUCACUGAAACAGAGGCUACUCUAAAAUGAAAGCGUCUCACAUGACUUUUCCUUCCCACAUCUUUUCUGAAACUCUGCUGUAAGGCAGUUUUCACAGAAUACUAUAUAAUUUUCACAGGAAAAUAGCCAAGUUUCUCUUUGAAAACCCAAAAUAUCUUAAAAAGCAUUAAAGUGUUUUUUAUGCCACUGACAGAAAGACCUUACUCUGAAAGAAAUAUUUUUUUGUCAACAACUAACUGUAAAUCUAUGAAGUAUAUUUGAUGUGUUUUUUCCUUCUUUAUCCUUAAUUGCAGCUAAGGUGAAAGCACAGAAAAUAUUCAUGCUUCUAAUUCUAUGCAGACAAUGUAGAGUUUUUUAGUAAGAAUGCAUUUCUUCCACACUUUAGUUUUUCUUUCAUGUGGAAAAUUCAGCUUUUAAUAUCGACAUUGUCAUUAAAUAUCUCCAGCAUCCACUAUUCCUCCAAACUCUAAAACUCUGCCUAAUAAUGGGCAGGUUAAACUUUUAGCUUAUUAUUAUUAAUAAUUUAAAAAAUGUACUCCUGACAUUGGAUAACACGGUUUCCCUAAAGAAAAAUAACUCUCACAAUAUUUCUUACUCGUUUUCUUUACCAAACUCAAAUAACUUCCCCAUUACACAUUCCCAGAACUACUGCAAGCAGUCCCUGUCUAUGUCUUCACUUAUGCAUGAAUAUAAGCCUCGUCUUAGUUGAAAGAAAACUAAUGUUGAAGGGAAAGAAUUAAUCAGUAUUGAUUAAUGGAUUUGUUAGAGUUCGCUUUUCCUACUGUAAGUAAUGUUUAUAUGCCCAAAGCAGAGAAUUGAGACAAUUAGCUGGGUAAUUCAAACAAAUCCAUUCUCAUCAGAACAGCCUUUGCGUCCAUAUUUUCAUAUGAGAAUUGAAACUAUCUUACAAUUUUUUAACCAAUUUACUUAUCUGAAAAUACAUGACACAUUGAAGAGUGUGUACAGAAAGGAUUAAAAGGAUCAGGCUCUUGUGUGCAUUGAGCUCAGUGCCCUCGCCUGCUCCGGAAAACUGAGCAGCGAGAAAGAAUUAAGAAUACCCGCACCGACUUGAGGGCUCACAGAGUGGAACGCCUUGCAUCAAAGGACCUUAAAUACUUAAUCAAAAGUUAAUGUGUUGAUUUUUUUUAAACGUGGAGUUAAAUUUAAAAUAAGGAAUGAAAAACUGUUAUCAUUUUAGUAGAUUAUUUUAGAAUAAAAUUCUAAAUAAAUUCCCUCCCGUGAUUCACAAUAGUUUUGAGAGCAGAGAAUAUUUUUAUUCUUCAUUUUAUUUAAAGACUGAAUAUAUGUAGGUAAGUCACACUGCAUAGUUAAAAGUGCCAUUAUGUUAUAUCCCUCACUUCUAAAUUAUUUGGCUUUUGGCUCUUAGAAACUGCAGUUUACUCUGAACUAAUCUGGUUUUGUUAGUCCAUUUAAGAGAUUAUGUAAAGAAGCUAGAUUAUAAUUAAAACAGAUGUCCGACAAUUCUAUCGAUGCUAUUUUACAUCUUUGACUGAAGCAAAUUUAACUAGUAGCAUUACAACUAUAGUAUGAUUAUCUCCAGUUUACUCCAGAUUUGCAAUAUUUUAAUUUUCCCCUAAUAGAUCCAAGGAAAAUAUCCUGGACAAGUUAAUAUCAAAUGUUCGUGUGAAUUGGUAGUAUGUAUAAAUUCUUACGGAGACAUCUGGGUACGUGCUACUUCUCAAAAUUCUUCAAUCUGAGGCUAGUACCAAAAGAUAAUGAAUUCUAAGUAACUAUUCUCUCAUGAAAAUGUGACAAGUAUGUGUCUGUGAAAUUUGUGUUUGGGCAGGUUGCCCAUAGAAUACUGCCCUUCCUAGAAAAGCAUAGAUCCUAACCAUAAAAGGAAGCCUAACAAGUUCCAAUCUAAGCUGCAGGAUCUUGCCUUCAACCAGAGAAAGCAUUCUCAUGCCCGUCAGAUAAAGUAAAUGAAGGUGAAGUGACUAUGAAAUACACUUCUGGCAGUUAAGCUUCUCUGUUUUGUUACGUAACAUAUCUUGUUCCCUCUCUCUCUCUCCUCCCCCACCCCGAAGAGACAGAACAAUAAUCUUUUCCAGUCUCUUGUAAGUAACCAGCUAUUUCAUAAAAUGUUCUAUGAUCUAGGCACACUGCUUUCCAUUCCAGGCUAGCUCACUGUCUGAUUAUGUCUGACAAAUCUUCCUCCAGUUUCUCAAGCUCCUUUGUCAAGGAACUGGUUACUUAAAGGAAAUGGGAAAUAUCUCUACUUGACACCAGAAUUCAGGAGGGAGGACACAGAACAAAAUGUAUUUAUAACAGGAUACAUUAGCUUGGUAUAAAAUUAGCAGUCUGAAUCAGUAUUUCUCAAAAUGUGAAAUUUGGUGAGAGAGACCUUGGAAUCUCUCUCUUCAGAUUUCCAGAUGAUCUUUAUGAACACUGAAGUUUAAGAAUGUCUUAAUAUAUAUUAAUCCUUGGUCCCUAGAAAAUAUUAAUUGACAUCACAUCUAAGUAAAUCAAAGAAUCACAAAUGAGGGAGCCCAAAGCUUUUUUUUAUUUAAAUGAAACUAUUACCAAAAAAGACCUAUUUUAUAUCUAAGAAAAGUAUUCCAGUGUAGCUAAAAUGUACCUGGUCAUGUCAAUCACAACUUUAGAUAUUUUCCACAAGGUUUUCUAAUUUAAUCCCUACAAAAACUCAUCUUAAAAAUGAGAAAACAAAGUGUAAUGACAUCCAAAUUUCCAAAGUUAUUAAAAAAUACUGAGAUGUGUCCCUCUAGUGUCUAAUUCUAUAUUCUUCCAACUGAGUGCUCCAUAAAACAUCAGAAGAAUUAUUUGAUUUAAGAAAGUGAUAUAAUUGGAAAUUUUAAUCUACUUUUCCACAAUUGUGCAGUACUGUGCUGUCUGCUACUUCUUUGGUAUGAUGGAGGACCUUGAAACAAAUUUCACCAUUCCUCAGUAGUAUGCACAUGUGUAGGGAAGUUUGACGAUAUCUAUAGGGCAUUAAAAAUAAGUGUGUCAGUAUAGACUAUGAGGACAGCUAGACUUACAAAUAGCAAAAACAAAACCAGAACCACAAGUCUCACAAUUUCCCCCUCCAAAUGCCUGUAUAAUUUCACUGAAAAGAGAAUAUAUGCUAUGAUUUAUAACUAUGGUUAUAUAUCAGUCUUAAAAUCUAAGAGUAACUAAUGAACUGUUUAAACUAAAUAUAUGAUACAUAGUAGUUUCUCCAUUAGAAAGAUAAGUAUAACAAAAAUAAAUAUUUGUUACUUUCUAAUAAUGAAUCAGCAUCUUUGUCUCAGAUAAAAAUUAUAAUUAUUUUCAUAAUACAGCUACAUUGGUAAGCUUAGCCAAAAAUGUUCUCCUGAGACAUUCUGUGGCAUGUGUAACUACUCCAAAAAUUAAGCUUUUUCUUUGGAUAACACAUUGUCAUCUCAUUGGUUUAAUAGUAAUUUAAGAGUUACCUUAGCUACAUAUUUAAGAGUAUCUAUCUUAGCUACAUAUUUACAGCUUCAAUUUAAGAGUAUCUUAGCUACAUAUUUACUUAAUGGAAAGAAAUUAUUUUAACCCCUUCCAUGUAAUCAGUGGAAGGGAAAUGAGCCCACAUAUUCCAAUAAAUUUGUCAGCAACGCAAUAGUCUCAUCACAGGCUCCCGAAUGCAGCUCAGAGUGGAAAACAAACAAUGUGAUAUUUGAGAAAAAUAUCUAGCCCAGAAUUUGUCUCUCUUUCAUGAGUUUGAAUGGUUAACCUGAAAAAGCCUAUUACAAUUUGCUAUUCUGAAAGAUCUUAAAAAGCUUCACAGUUUUAUGCACCCUAUUAAGUAUGAAUACUUUUCAGUUAAGUGGAUUUGUUCUAUACAAUUUAGAAUUUUAAAUGAUAUGAAUUUGAAGAAAAUGUUUUCUGGUCAUCACCCUGACCAUGUGAUUUUCUUUUCUCUUUCUAAAUAUAUUCUGGCAAUGAGAUUAGACAUUUUUCCCAUGAGAAGUAAUUUUAAGAUCUAUCCAUCUCUAGAUAAAUGUAUCUGUUAAUCAUCCAGAGUUUUAGUUUUAUAAUACCUUUCCAUUAUCCUUCAAACGUGUAUACUAAAGUGCCUUUAGCAUACUUGAAAUUGCCAAGAAUCUUGAGAUCUGAUUUAUUGCAAGAUGACAUAUUUCUCGAAGACAUUUAUAACUACAUAUUCAGAUUGGAUCAGAACUUACAAAGUAAAGGAUUAAAGUGAGGUAGUUUCAGGUAGCAUUCAAGAAAAAAGCUGCUUCGAAUUUUAAUGUUUCUAGUUAGAUCAUUUUUUGUUUGAAUUAUACAGUCAUACAGUAUAGCUUACUAGACUCAAAAUGGUUAUUUGGAUAUUUUUCUGCCAAAAUACAAUCAUCUAUGCCAAAGCAAUGCAUGGCUACUCCAAUUUCGUAUGCAGGAUUCAGUCAAGAAUUUACUCUGAAGCAGUUGUUUCAGUGCCUACAUGUAGACAAAGCUUUAAUGAGUGUAGACAGAACCUAACAGUAUUUCAUUUAAUUCUUUUGAUCUCUUAAGCCAAGAAACACUUAGGUAGCUUUUCUCAGAGGGAAACGGAUUUUAUUUUCCAGGGGCCAAUUAAUAUGCAGCACCUCAGUUCCCAAAGGACCAGACAGGUGCCUGUACUAUGCCAUAUGUCAUGUGCUAUAUUCCUGAAUGCUCAAGAGAUUAAUAUACAAUCAUUACUAUGAAUUAUUAUGUUGCAUUGAAAUUAAGGUUGGUUUUUUGUUCUAAUUAAAAUAUAAACCUGUCAUCUGUACAGAAUUUAGCUAGAGAUGCAGAGUCUCUAUUUUAAUGAAAUACAUAUAUUUUUCAAUCAAACUGUGUAUUUAUUUAAUUAACCUGCUAGUAAUUAUAACUUUCCAACUUCCUCAAGAACCUUUAUUGAAUAUAUUACCAUGCUGAUGGUUAAUACUUGAUUAUGCUUUGUUUUUGGCAUUUUCUAGCCAUUUCUGAAUCAUGUUUUCAAUGUCUAUGGUAGGUUUCCUUAAUAAUACUUUUCAUUUAGCUUCAUUUCAAGCUGGUGUGACUGGAUUAACUUACUCUGAAAGAGAAUAAAAUGCUGUUACUCUGCAAAUAUAAUUUUGGCAUAUGUACUUAAUAAGAAAAAAUAUACAAACAAAAUAUUUUGCUACACCAUUGCAAGUUGUCUGCAGGAAGCAAAUGCCUAGAUGGUUAAGUCUAGCUCACAUAAUCAUAUUCCAAAUACGUUAUAGAUAAUUCUAUUUAGCAGCUGAGAUAGGACUCUAUUAGGUGAUUUAAUGUUUACUUUGCAAACAGAAAGGUUUAGUGAAAAAGAUAUCCCACACAUUCUAACUGCCUACUUGGAGAAUAAGUACAGAAUUGUAUUCAGAAAAAAAAAAAAACACCCUAGGACACUUUGAGGGGGUAGUUUGUUUUUACAGAACUCCAGAAAAUCAGCAUGACAUUUUGAUAAUGAUUUUGUAUAUGUGUUUGGAAUGUUAAUAUACACCAUGCAUUUAAUAUUUUAAUCAGUCUAUAAUGUAACAACAUUUAAAUAUAUAUGUUUUUAUAAAAAUUAAAUUGUUAGUGAUUUAACAUUAAAAAUAUAGCUCUAAAAUGAAGAGUGAGGAUGAGCAGGAGAUUUAUCAACUAACUUGGGUUAAAAUUUGAAGGAUUACUUUUUUAAAAACAUUCCAUUGAUUAAAAACAAAUACUUCUCAAGAUGUUAUUCAAUUACAAAAUUGCACUGACCUAUUUUAGUGUUAAGUUUUGUUCAAGGUAAUUUGAUUAUCAUCUGUGAUUUAGAAAUCUUUUUAUUUACAGAUAUUUUCACUGUCAUUGUCUUUGUUGUAAUUGAUUUUAAUGGCCUCAAUUAGAGACAUGUGUAUGCAAUUUUCUAAUUAUUGUAUAGAGUUGAAUGUCUGAUUUCUUAAUGUGUGGAUGCCAAACAGAAAUUUAGAGCUAUCUAUAUUUUGCCCAAGCAUGAUCUCAGUUCAUUGUAUAACAUUUUUGGGUUACUUAGUGUGACUCAGUAUACAGCUUUUGUUGUGAUUUGGAGUUACAAAAAAUGAAUUGGGAUAACACAUUCCUUAAGAAUAUAAGUGAAUAUUUUAUAUUUCAGUUGCUUAAAUAUUUGCACAUAAUUAAAAACAUAGUACUAUGAAAUGAAGGCAUCUUUUCAAAAACAUUCUAAAUCAUAAUGCAAUGAAUAUGUACGGACAAAUGGUAAUGUUUAAAACACCCAUUUAAAAUGUAUUAAAUACAGGUGAAAAUCAUUUAUAUUGUGUGUUUUAUGAUGAAAUAUAGUAUUUUAAAUAUGCAAAAUGAA